AUGCCUCCAUACAAUUCUGUAAAAAGUCUCCAAACUUUAGCACUAGAACAGGCAUGCAAAUACAUACUAAGCAUAUCUAACAAAAUGAAAAAAGAUGUGAAUGGUUCACGUGAAUAUUUUAUUAAUAAUGUUCAUGCUUGGGCUAGAACCAACAUCUUGGACUAUACCAAAGUUCUAUUAGAUAAUGGUGAAAAGGAUAAUGAAAUUUGGAGAGAUAUGAACUGUCGAUUGAUUGACACUAAUCCAUACAUAAAAAUAUUGAGUGCUAAACUUAGCAUGUGGUUAAUAAUAUUAAACGCCAUGUUGGACAUUGGAGUUGCUCGAUUACCACAUUUAUUUCUGUAUGCAGGUAUGGAAACAGAAUUCCAAGAGUUUGUUUCUAUAUUGAACCGUAACAAUACCCAUCUCAAAGAACUGUGUUUGACCUUUCUAAUGUCAAAUAAAAGUAAUUACACACCAGCAGUGUACACUUCAAUGUAUAACCUUCAGAAAACAUUUCAAGAAGGUCUAGCAUCAAAACUUGUUCAUCUAAAGCUUGGUUCUAUUUGUGAUAAUGCUAUAUUGAAAACUAUUGGUGAACAUGCCUUAUGUUUAAAACAUUUAGAUGUAUCUGGUUCAUGGAAUGUCGAUGAAACAGGCAUUAAAAAUUUAUUGUUUAAAAACGAUGUGUAUGUGGAGACAGUCAACGUAUCAAACGAAAUACUAUGUCAACAUCUCAGCAAUAUGUAUGACAAUAAGUCUUUGUUGAAUAACUGUUGUUUUACUCUGGAAGAAUUUCGGAUUCAGGAUACAAAUACGGAAGAUGCCAGUUUACUGAUGAUACUUGCAUGUGUCAAGAGCCUAAAAGCCUUAGGUGGUUUCCUUUACUUCAGGAACAUUGGCGAUGCUUUGGUAACUGUAUGGGAGAACUCUCCCAAGCCACGUAUAUUCCAGUUGACUGAGUUGUAUGAUAUGCAGUUGACAGGCAAAAAAAUAGCAUCUCUCAAGGAAUGCCUACCAUGUCUAAAAAAGCUGUACACUCGACUGUCGUGUGUUUGUACACCUGAAGAUUUUGCAGAUCCUGAACAGGGAUCUAUGUUUUGGGGCCGUGUACAAACACUAACUAUUGAUCUUGAUUACAUGAUGAAUUUUCAUUUUAUGAACUUUGUGUUUAACUAUGGUCGUAACUUGUCUGAACUCACUAUCCUUUGUCAGGAAGCUGAUAUAGAUGUGGCCAAACUCCUAGCAAGUUGUCCAAAUUUAUUAAUGUUGAAAGGAUUUCUACAUAUUUUUGAAAUGCCAGUUGGAAAAUUUACCAAACUGAAAUCAAUUGAAUUACACAUGCCUACCGUUGAAACAAUUAAUUGGUUUUUUGAAAACUGUCCUAGUUUAGAAGAAGCCAAGCUAUAUAGUGAUUCAAGACACCUUUAUUGGAAUACACAAGUGUUUGAAAGACCACCAUUAAUAAUGUGCAAUAAUCUUAAAAGAUUGGAGAUUUCGCUCAACGAUGAACACCCUAUUACUAACCACCAAACAGUUAUAAAAUUUAUUGAUAAGUGUUCAAAACUACAACAUUUGGGACGACUAGACAAAUGGAACCUUGAUAAGAAAUUUGUUAAACAAGUAAAACUGUACAUAAAAAAGAUGAACUAUGAGCUUAACGUUUACUAG